AUGUCAUCUCUUCUAAGCAUCACAAGACCCACAAAGCGAGAUAGCCGAAGCAAUGAUUAUGACUCAGACGUCGAUAUGAAAGACGCGAUGUCAGAGUAUCAAGAUGAGGGCAGCAAAGACAACACGUCAGUAGUUACUCCAGGUGAGUUGGUGACUGAAGAUCCAACCUGGAUGAAAGGUCACGGCACAUAUUCUUUAGAGAACCAGACGUAUUCCUCAGUAGCAGGUAAUGUUUUGCGUCUUAACAGACUCUUGAGUGUGAUACCAAUUCGUGGACGUUAUGAAGCUGAGACAGGUGAUUACAUCAUUGGAAGAAUAACUGAGGUAGGCCAGAAAAGGUGGAAAGUUGAUAUUGGUUGCAAACAAGACGCUAUAUUGAUGCUUGGUUCAGUGAACCUUCCGGGUGGUAUUUUACGAAGAAAAUCAGAGAGUGAUGAGCUACAGAUGAGAAAUUUCUUGAAAGAAGGUGACCUACUCAAUGCAGAGGUGCAGAGUGUCUACAGCAAUGGCCAAGCAGCUUUACACACGAGAUCUUUGAGAUAUGGAAAGCUCAGAAACGGAGUCCUUCUCAAAGUUCCGUCCAGUUUAAUCAUAAGGCAGAAAAAUCACUCGUGGAACUUACCGGGAAACGUUAGCGUCAUCAUUGGAGUCAACGGAUUUAUAUGGUUAAGCAAGACUUCCAGCACAUCAACAGCUCCAUCCGUUAAUGCCUCGACCAACAGUGCUCAGAGCGCAUUGGCCUCUAAAGGUGGCUACAAGCCAGGAGAAGGAAGCGUCUCCAUCACAAGACUCGAAGAAGAGAGCUCGUGGGAGAUCUACAGUGAUAAGAACGAUGAAAUCAGUGCAAGCAUAAGAGGUACAAUCUCAAGAUACCAUAAUGUUAUCAAAGCCAUGAGUGCUUGCGAGUUGGGAAUCACCGAGAAGAGAAUUUGCAUGGGCUAUGAUGCCAGUAUGAUGUAUGCUGACACUAGCAUGUUGAUCGAACGUGAGGCACAGGAGAUCAUAUGCCAAGAUAUCAUUGAUUCAGAAAAGAUGCGAGGAGAUUAG